UUGACGUCGCAUCUUAGUUACCACACUUCCGUCCUGCGAAGAACGCGGGGAAAUUUGACAGCCAUUGGAAAUUGCAGCAAAGGAACUAUUAUCUUUAUUUUUGUUUUUGCUGUUUAGAAGAGCAAGCUUUGUAGCAGCUUGUUUGUGGAGUGAAGAGGAAGGUUAUUCAUCAAAACAUUGAAACUCAGAAUGAGAAGUCUGGAGGAGGUUCAGGCCACUCUGCAGAUCGCCAAGCUGAAAGAAGAGGAUCUACAGAAAACUAUUCAGUGUUUGUCUUUUGGAGAAAAUGUCUCAUCUGCAGACUACUGUCUGAUGGAGCUGGACGAUAACCUGUGCAAACACAUAGAAGCUGGCCAAAGUCUUGUGAUUCGAGGGGACAAGGAGGAGCGUGCGGUUCUCUGUAGUGGUGACAAGACCUACGUAAAAAUAGCCGACACAUCCAACCUGCUGCUGAUGGUACCGGGCUGCAGAUCACCAGACGAGCUGACCGACAGUCAGGAAAGCUCUCAUGUGGUGCACAGACAGAUAUGGGGAUUUUGUAACAGCUACUGGGAACUGCGUAAACAACGUCCUAAGCUUAAGAAACUGAAGAAGCUUUUGAUGGAGAAUCCUUAUGAGGGACCUGCUGUAGGGGGGCAGGAGGAGAAUACAGAAAACAGGUUAACCAUGCAGGAUCUGUUGGAGAGGAUCCAGGCCAGUGAGGAAGAGAUAAAGACCAACUUAGAGAUAAUCAAUGCCUGCCAGAUAGAUGGUUACUGGCGUAUGCUUGACUUUGACUACGAGAUGAAGCUGCUGGGUCACAUGACUCAGCUGGUGGAUUCUGAGUCCUGGUCCUUCAACAAGUCUCUAGAAGACAGUCUAGAAGAGUUAAGCCCACUGGAGCCAAAAGAGAUGAUCGAGCACUGUUUGAACUGCUACGGGAAACGUUACACUGAAAACGACAAAGUUUUUUACACACUACAUGAGGAUAAAGUAUGUCGGGCCACUGCACUGCUGUUGCUGCAGAACGCCGUCAAGUUCAACCUGAGGGAGUUUCAGGAAGUCUGGCAGCAGAGCGUCCCGGACGGCAUGAGCACGAGACUGGAGCAGCUGAAGAGCGUUGCCUUGGUGGACCGUGUCUCGCAUCCAGAGACCAUCUGCCUGCUGCGGGUAGAUGAUCUCCCAGAGGACACGCUGGAUCGCUUCAACCAUCUCUUUACACUGAGAGAAAAAUGGACAGAGGAGGAUAUCACCCCAUACAUACAAGACCUGUGUGGUGAGAAACAAACAACCGGAGCCCUCCUGACCAAACAUGCUCGAUCUUCAAUGCAAAACGGUGUAAAGGUGUUCAACUCCAGGCGGCCUGUGGCUACAUGAACAUACUGUUAAGUCAUGUGAAGAUUAAGGUGGUUAUGUUCAUUCCCAGAGCAACUUAGGCAAACAUUAGAACUAUUUAACCUCUUAAUGUUCUUAAAAACACCUGAUUCAAUGUAUAUUGUUGCACUUCCACUCACUAGCUUGUUGAGUAUUUGACAAUAAUUACUGAUUUAAAUUCAAAUAUGAAAAAAAAGUCAUCACUAUAAACCUGUCCUGAUCUUUGCUAUUAUUGGUUUAAUUCUGUCUGUUAAAGAAUGCUUCAACAUAAAAUAUGUUUUUGUAAUAUUG